AAAGAAAGAUGACGUCAGAAAAAAAAACAUUUUGAUUGCAGUUUCCAGGCACUGUGAAGUGAAGUCAACUACGAGAUUGCUUUGCAACAAAUCUAAAGCAUCUGAUAUAGUCUUCCUUGUCUAAAUCUUUCUCAACAUGUUAGAUUUUCAGUUUCUACAGACAAAUCUGUGAGCUAUUUUUUCAUUCUUGGUUUUCUCUGUUUUGGCAAAUUUUGGAGGAAAGGAAUCUGAAGAGGAAACAAGAAUGGUCGUGGUCGAUUGGCUUGGUUUGGGAUUAGGCUCUGUUGCUGGAGCUUUGGUCUCGGAAGGUCUGAAAGUUUUGAUUUCAGAGGCAAAGAAGGUGUUAGCUUUCAAAUCUGUGUCUAACGAGCUCGCAUCGACGAUGGAGUCAUUGCUUCCGGUGAUCAAAGAGAUCGAAUCGAUGCAAGAUGGUAUGGAACUACAAGAUCUUAAAGACACGAUCGAUAAAGCUCUUUUACUGGUUGAGAAGUGUUCACAUGUCGAGAAGUGGAAUAUAAUCUUGAAAUCGAAGUACACGAGAAAAGUUGAGGAAAUCAAUAGGAAGAUGCUCAAGUUCUGUCAGGUUCAACUUCAGCUUCUUCUCUUUAGGAACCAAUUGAAGUCUAUGCCUUCCAUGGAAGCUAUUCUUAACAAUUAUUUCCAAAACAUCAAUAAGAAGCUCGACCGUUUGAGUGGUUCUCCUGCUCCUCCGCUUGUUUCGAAGCGUUGUUCUGUUCCCAAGCUUGAUAAUAUGGUUCUGGUUGGAUUGGAUUGGCCAUUGGUGGAGCUGAAGAAGAAACUCCUUGACAAUUCCGUGGUUGUGGUGUCUGGUCCUCCUGGUUGUGGGAAGACCACGCUGGUUACUAAGCUUUGUGACGACCCAGAGAUCGAAGGAGAAUUCAAGAAAAUCUUCUAUAGCGUUGUGUCGAAUACUCCUAAUUUCAGGGCCAUAGUACAAAACUUACUCCAGGACAACGGUUGCGGAGCAAUUACAUUUGACGAUGAUUCUCAAGCAGAAACUGGCUUAAGAGAUCUUCUGGAGGAACUCACAAAAGAUGGUCGUAUAUUGUUGGUGUUGGAUGAUGUGUGGCAGGGAUCCGAGUUCUUGCUUCGAAAAUUUCAAAUUGAUUUACCAGAUUAUAAGAUUUUGGUGACUUCUCAGUUUGAUUUUACGAGUUUAUGGCCCACUUACCAUUUGGUACCUUUGAAAUAUGAAUAUGCUAGGUCCCUUCUCAUUCAGUGGGCAUCUCCACCUCUUCACACAUCUCCAGAUGAGUAUGAAGAUCUUCUCCAAAAGAUAUUGAAACGUUGCAAUGGAUUCCCUCUCGUAAUUGAAGUAGUCGGCAUUUCACUUAAAGGACAAGCUCUGUAUUUAUGGAAAGGUCAAGUGGAAAGCUGGUCUGAAGGGGAAACAAUUCUUGGUAACGCUAAUCCUACUGUGCGACAACGUCUGCAGCCUAGCUUCAAUGUCCUGAAACCUCAUCUUAAAGAGUGUUUCAUGGACAUGGGUUCAUUUCUUCAGGACCAAAAGAUACGUGCUUCGCUUAUAAUUGACAUAUGGAUGGAAUUAUAUGGUAGAGGUAGUUCUAGUACUAACAAGUUCAUGUUAUACCUUAAUGAGCUUGCUUCCCAGAAUCUGCUUAAACUUGUUCAUCUCGGGACAAAUAAGCGCGAAGACGGUUUUUACAAUGAGUUGUUAGUCACUCAACAUAAUAUUCUGAGGGAGUUGGCUAUUUUUCAAAGUGAAUUGGAACCAAUCAUGCAAAGAAAGAAACUAAAUUUGGAGAUACGAGAGGACAACUUUCCGGACGAGUGUUUAAAUCAACCUAUUAAUGCUCGACUUUUGUCUAUCUAUACGGAUGAUUUGUUCUCAUCGAAAUGGUUGGAAAUGGAUUGCCCCAAUGUUGAGGCUUUAGUUCUUAAUAUCUCCUCAUUAGACUAUGCAUUGCCAAGCUUCAUUGCUGAAAUGAAGAAGCUAAAGGUUCUGACAAUCGCAAAUCACGGUUUUUAUCCAGCAAGAUUGAGUAAUUUCUCGUGUCUCAGCUCAUUACCAAACCUGAAACGGAUUAGAUUUGAAAAGGUUUCAGUCACUUUGCUGGACAUUCCUCAAUUGCAACUCGGCAGUCUCAAGAAGCUAUCAUUUUUCAUGUGUAGUUUCGGUGAGGUUUUCUACGACACAGAAGAUAUAGAUGUCUCUAAAGCUCUAUCGAAUUUACAAGAGAUUGACAUAGACUACUGCUAUGAUCUUGAUGAGUUACCAUAUUGGAUCCCCGAAGUUGUUUCAUUGAAGACACUUAGCAUCACAAACUGUAACAAGCUCUCUCAACUUCCAGAAGCUAUAGGGAACUUGAGUAGACUAGAAGUGUUGAGGAUGUGUUCUUGUAUGAAUCUCUCUGAGCUGCCUGAAGCAACUGAGAGACUCAGCAACUUGCGGUCUCUGGAUAUUUCUCAUUGCUUAGGAUUGAGAAAGUUGCCUCAAGAGAUUGGCAAACUACAGAAACUGGAGAAUAUCUCGAUGAGGAAGUGUUCGGGAUGCGAGUUGCCGGAUUCAGUGAGGUAUCUAGAGAAUCUGGAGGUCAAAUGCGAUGAAGUAACUGGAUUGUUGUGGGAAAGGUUGAUGCCAGAAAUGAGAAAUUUGAGAGUUCACACGGAGGAAACAGAGCAUAACCUGAAGUUGCUUCUAACGUUUUAAGUUUUGAGUGAAAAAAAAAACAUUUUCGUAGCUUGUGUAUUCUUAUUGACUCUUUAAUGAUCACAAUCUAGACUAAACGAGUAAUAAUAUUACAAGAGUCAACAUGCUAUGUCUCGGGUUUGAUACUAGUUUAUUGCUCUGUAAUGAAAUUACUAACCACGCUGUAUCAUUGUAUGUACUAGUGAUUUUAAAUUAUGAGCUUUUCAAA